GCGCGAGGGGUCCUGGUGAACACGAAGGAUCACGCGCACUGGCGCGCCCCAGGGACCCAAGAGGCCGACGUCCAGCGCAAGUCGAUCUGCGGCCUUGACGAGUACUCAACCGCAGAGGGCAAGCGGCUGCACGGGCUGUGGAAGACGGGAGGUCUCACGGAGCCGCCAAACAUUGAAGAGUUGUUGCGGAAGGAGCAGACCUCCGUGGGCAACGCCUUCAAAGCCAGGGCAAAGGCGACGGCCGCCCCUCCGCGCGCCCAGAUCGCGGCGAAGCGGGAAGUGGAGUCCCGAGACAAGGAGGUUCAGGACGUUGGCUUCCUUCUCGGGGGCGCUCGAUAUCGACAGCUCACCUUCCCCCGCGAAGCGGCAGCCCGCGGCGAGCUUGAGGCCGACCUCUCGCAGAUGUCGGGCGCAGAUGGCAUUGGCCCUGACCUGGAUGAGGAGGCGGGCGCAGCGGACUUCCUCGGGGCGACUCCUUCGUGA